AUGUACACAUACAAAAGAGUCAUCCUGAAGGAUAACACAAAAAUAGAAGAGACGGGGAGGAUGAGACAAGACUUUACAGAAAUGCUGGGUCCAGAAACAGGAUUCUUCCCGGACCCCUUUGGACUGAGAAUUAUUCUAAUGCACACGUGUGGGACUGGGAUGGUCCUGGAUCUCUUGCAAGACGCUUUCAUGGGCACUGGCCUCCAGGUGCCUUAUAAAGAACAUAAUGCUAAUGGGGUAUAUUUUGGAAGGGUUAUUUCAAACCUGGAGCAAUGCCUUGCCAGCCUCACAAAUAGUUGGUUUAAUGCAAACAAGACUCAGCUCUUGGGAGUUUUACUUGCUGCUGCUUCAAAUUUUCUGAUUAGUGUCUCUUUGAAUAUACAGAAAUGCGCUCAUCUCCGACUGGCUUGCCAAACAGACCCGAAGCCCUACUACACAAGCAAACUAUGGUGGUGUGGGAUUACCCUCCUGGGACUUGGCGAAGUGGGCAAUUUCACAGCCUACGGAUUUGCCCCCAUUGCCCUUGUCGCUCCACUGGGAUGGGUAUCUGUCAUAGGUAGUGCAUUUAUUUCUGUCUUAUUCCUAAAGAAGACCAUGAGGGCUGCUGAUAUAUUGGGCGGAACACUGGCAGUAACAGGGACAUACUUGCUGGUGACGUUCUCUCCAAAUGUACCCCAAGAACUCACAGCAAGACAAGUACAGAAUUACUUAGUGAGCUGGCCUUUUUUGGUAUAUUCGAUCUUAGAAAUUAUAAUAUUCUGCAUUCUCCUCUAUUUUUACAAAAGAAAGGCUGUGAAGCACAUCGUGGUUUUGUUAAUGAUGGUAGCACUACUGGCGUCGCUGACUGUCAUUGCUGUAAAGGCUGUGGCCAGCAUGAUAACACUCUCUGCAAAGGGGAAAAUGCAGCUAACUUACCCUGUUUUCUACAUCAUGAUUGUUUUAAUGGUUACUUCUUGCGCUUUCCAAGUCAAGUUCUUGAAUCAAGCAGUGCAUCUGUACGAAGCAACAGCAGUUGUGCCCAUUAAUUUCGUGUUCUUCACCACCAGUGCAAUCAUUUCAGGGGUCAUAUUUUAUCGGGAAUUCCAAAGUGCAGCUUUGCUGAGCGUGUUCAUGUUUCUGUUCGGGUGUCUCCUUUCUUUCCUUGGUGUAUUUGUAAUUGCAAGGAAUAAAAAAGAGGAGCACUUACAAAUUCAUUUUAUUGACUAUGGACAUAUUCCGGGACAAAAAUUGACAGGCAAAAUACAACCAGAUUCUCACAGUUCAUGCUAUGGCACUUUGAAUAAUGACGACGACUCGGUGAAAAAUGAAAGCUGA